AUGGACCUCGAUGACGAUAUCGCGCGCGUAACAGCGACGUUGCGCACGCUCGCUGGUGGUUACAAACCUCGUCCCGGCCAAAUUGAGGCUGUGGAAAAUCUCUCGAUCUACCAACAAGAUACUGUUCUUGUCGCGGCGACCGGGUACGGCAAAAGCGCCGUAUUGUUCGCAUUCUCUGCCCUCAAACCGAACAAGAUCACCGUACAGAUCGUGCCGUUGGUGACACUUGGAGAGAGCAAAAGGGAUGACAUUGCGGCGAAGUUACCCGAGUCAACACCAGUCUGGAUCGAUGUUGAUACCCGUCUUAAGAAUAAGCACAUCUGGAGCGAGGUUGAGCAAGGGAAAUAUAGCCACGUGCUCCUCAGUCCCGAACAAGCGUUGAACCCGAAGUUCAAGGCGAUAUUAAGAGACCCAACGUUCCAUACGAAGAUCGGCCUUUUCGCGAUAGACGAGCUCCAUUGUGUCAGCGAAUGGAGGCAUUUUCGGGAGGAUUACACCUAUCUCUACACUCUACGGUCACUUUUGCCGGCUUUAGUACCGUGGUUUGGGUGUACAGCGACCCUCGAUAAGGACAACCAAGUCUACAUCUUCAAGCACGCCGGCUUCAACCCCAACCCCAAGAUCAUCCGCACUCGGCAUGCCUACGUGUUCGAUAUACGCUCCUGCAGUACCUCCGCCGCAAAUGCGGAUUUGACAAGAGCUUAUAACCCUAAAUGCGGAUUUGACAAGAGCUUCGCCCGCAAAGUGGUCCGACGAUUUGAUGCAGAUGUCCGGCCAGCCGACAAGGAGAUCAUCUUCAAAGACUUCGCCAACGUCGAUACUGACUGCCGAAUCAUUGUGGCAACGGUAUCACUCGGCAUGGGAAUGGACAUCCCCGACGUCAAACGGGUUGUUCAAUUCGGUAUCCCCCCUGGCACCAGCAUCGCAGAUAUCUGGCAACGCAUUAGAAGAGCGGUGUUUGACCACCUUGGGACCGUCGAGAAGCAGCAGAAACCAGCCCCAAGGAAAAGGUCCGAUCCAAAGAGGCGUCAACAACCCUUCGUCCCUGUUAGAAGUCGCCUCCAACUGAUGACCCUAGUGGAUAGAGAUGAAGAUACUGCGUCCGAUACUGCUAGUCAGGUUAGCGCCAACACUCAACGGACUGUUCAGUCAGAGUCCCAAGCACAACCUGUCGUUGACGAGCUCACUUUGGAAGGCUAUGUCGAAUCCCAGAACUUAUUUGACUUUGGAAAGCAGGUCAAAUGGACUAAACAGGACAUCUCCCAGCGAGAGAAGCUCGACCCUGUCUUCAUGGCAUUCAUGAAUGCCUCUUGUUUCCGCAGAUACGCAUUGGAGUACCUCCAGGAGGACGUCAACGAUCCUGAGCUCGAGUACCGCCGCCCUCUUGAUCGAAGUCUCUGUUGCAACGCGUGCAACCAUGAGUUAGGCAAACUAAGUCCCUUGAUGCCGCGUGAGAAGCGGGGGGAAAAGCCAUCAGCAGGAUCCCUCGCCAGCCACGCACUUACCUACCUCUCCUCCUGGUGCAAGACGAAUGCCCAGUCCCUGGUCCCUGAUAAGUAUCGCCGCUUCGACAUCAUACCAGAGAUGUUCAUGGACAGCAAAUUACAGUACGCUGUAGCACGUACAUUCUCUGACGUGCGUGGGAAGACCAAGGACUUGUCGUUUAAGGAUAUAUAUGGGUUGGUACAGAAGGUGCCAGAGUUGAAGGAAUGGGAGCACUUUGAGGCAAAGGGAGCUCAGUUGGUAACCUUCUGUAUUACCUCCUUGGCCAAGAUCAAGGAAGACUGGGAGGCUGAGAGAGUAAAGAAGGCGAAAGAGAGAGAGGCGAAGACGCAGCGGGCAGGCAGCGUAUCAGCUGCUGAUCCGGCUCGUAAGCGGACUGCAGAGGCAAUGGAACACUUUCCUGCAAUCAAGACGGCUUUGUAG